AUGGGACGUGUUGGGUGCAUGCCAUGUAUCAACGUAGGAAAGAUGGAACUGUUCGAGAUUGCCCGGAGAUUCCCAGAAGAGGUUGAGCGGAUCGCCCAAUGGGAGGAAAUAGUGAAGAUGGCUUCAAAGCUGAAUGGAGCGUCCUUCCUGGCAAGCAAUGAAGGUGAGCAUAUCUGGGACAAAGUGGAUUGGUCUAAGACUGUACAUGGCGGUAAACAGAUCGAUUUGUUCAAAUCAUUGGCAUUCGAUGAUGUGCCAGAAACGUACUUCCGAAUCAUUGAUGAUAUAUCGGAACGCCUGAAGCGGAUCGCCAAGCAGUACAAAGAAACCGGAGACGCAGAGGCGAUGCACUUGGGAAUCAUGCAAAUUCUCCUGGAGGCUGAACGGGAUCUGCUCCGCAAGGAGAUUGAAGAGGUUCGGCAAAGCAGCACCGAAGAAGCUGUGCAAGCCGAUGCUUGGCAUGAAUUGUACCUGGGAGCUCAAAAGGAACUUGAAGAGGCGCGGAAGAUACUCAGAUGUCCGCAAGGGUUUGUAAAAGCGAUUAAGGAGAAGCAACAGGAGGAAAUCAAACGCCUAGAAUUAGAGGUUGACGACCUUCGCGCCCCUGUGAAGCUUCCGGGUGAAGUAUAUGAUUCGUUUAUCAACAUCAAAAAAACAUAUCCCGAAACUGCAUUCGCUAGGGUCAUGGAGUACAUCCACAUCGAUGCAGAGAAUCAUUGGGAGAAAUUAAACGACGACUUUAACACCUUUGCUUAUUGGGUUGAUAGAAACAAAUCUUUACUGGGUCGUAUGAUGACAUACGGCUACGAACGCGGAGAAUCAGCUAAAGAAAAAUGGAUUAAAAACAUGAUGGCUCUGCUGAACGAUCCUCAUAUUGACCAAAAAGGAUUCCUCAGCGGGAUUUAUGAGCAAUACCAAGUGGCUGAUAUUCUCAAGAACUUGGAGGGCAACAAGGAUGCG